CCCACCUAUAAAUUCCCCACCCACCUCCCUCCUCUCUCUCCCCAAUUCGUCGCCUCCCAGUUCGAGUUCCACCGCCCGCAGCAACCAAAGCCAAGUUUCGAAGCCGCCGCCGCCGAGGAGCAGGAGAAGGCGAGAAGCCAUGGCCCGUACCAAGCAGACCGCCCGCAAGUCCACCGGUGGCAAGGCCCCCCGCAAACAGCUCGCCACCAAGGCGGCGAGGAAGUCGGCGCCGACGACCGGCGGAGUGAAGAAGCCCCACCGCUACAGGCCCGGUACCGUGGCGCUCCGGGAGAUCCGCAAGUACCAGAAGAGCACGGAGCUGCUGAUCCGCAAGCUGCCGUUCCAGCGCCUGGUGAGGGAGAUCGCGCAGGACUUCAAGACGGACCUCCGCUUCCAGUCCCACGCCGUGCUGGCCCUCCAGGAGGCGGCCGAGGCGUACCUGGUGGGGCUGUUCGAGGACACCAACCUGUGCGCCAUCCACGCCAAGCGCGUCACCAUCAUGCCCAAGGACAUCCAGCUCGCCCGCCGCAUCCGCGGGGAGCGCGCCUAAGCGAGCGAGGCAAGUCCAGCCCCCCGUCACCACCGUGGCGACGUUCGCCGGCAUUACUAGUACUAGUUGAUUAGCUUCCCCUGUCGAGAUAAUGCAUCUUGUGGUCCGUUGUAGAAAACCUGGUGUGAUUAGUUAUCCUAGUUACGGAGACUCUUGUCUGCUUAAUUGGUUUUAGUUUGCGGUACUAUUGCAAAAGGGAUGCUUACUACUGUGAUGAAACUGUUGGUUAAUAUAGUCUUGAUUAACAA